GUCUAUGAUCUCGCCAUUGCUGCGCGCAAUCUUUGCUUCGCGUGAUUUGGCGCGAGACACUACCGUGUCUCUUGAUUUUUACUUCUUGAAAUUUUAACAAUUAAAUAAUCAACAAAAAUAAAAAAGGCUUUUGUAAUGUGUAUUCAAGAAUCAGUAAAUCAGUAAGCUAAAGAAGAUCAACCUUAAUUAAACGAUCAAGAACAUCACGUCAAGAAACGAUGUUUAUCACUAUAAUGUUAUUAUCCAUGUUUAUUUUAUUGGUAUAUUAUUAUUACGUACAUUAUGGAAGAACUGGACGACUCAUUAAUCUUAUACCGGGACCACUGGGCAAUCCGAUCGCUGGCAAUGCAUUUCAACUUUAUCUUUCAGCAGAGGAACAAUGGAAAUUGAAGCGUAACCUAUCUAAUAAGUAUUAUCCUAUUUUUAAAUUAUGGAUGUUCUUCACGUAUGGUGUGUCUAUCCGUCAUCCAGAUGAUCUAAAGACGAUACUAAACAGCACCAAGCGCUUCGAGAAAAGUCGUUUAUAUAAUUUGUUUCAUCCUUGGCUCGGCACAGGUCUUUUCACCAGCACAGGCGCUAAGUGGAAUGCGCGACGAAAGAUAUUAACAUCUGCGUUCCAUUUCAAUAUAUUGAAUCAAUUUACUAAUAUUUUGAUCAAGGAGGGCAAUUGUAUGACAAAAGCUUUGAAAGAUGUCGGAGGAGUAGUCGUAAAAGAUUUAGUACCAUUUAUUAGUGAACAUACGCUAAACGCCAUAUGUGAAACUGCCAUGGGCGUCUCUCUGCAAAAAAUCUGCAAAAACGAGUUCCAGCAACAGUAUCGAGAUGCAAUUCACGACAUAAUCGAAUUGCUAUUGUAUAGAGCAUUCAGGCCUUGGUUUUAUAACGAUUUGUUAUUCUCAUUAUCGCCACAAGGAAGAAAGCAAAAGAAGAUCUUGAAAAUAUUGCAUGGAUUUACGGAAAAAGUCAUCACGGAAAGAAAACUUUAUCACAAACGCACCAAUGGCCGAUAUUUGAAAAACUUUGAAAAUGAGACGGAAAUAGAUGAUGUCAAAAUAUCUGGAAUUAAAAAAAAACAACUAGCUUUGUUGGAUCUUUUAAUAGCAGCAUCUGAAGACAAUCUUUUAACUAAUUUGGACAUCAAAGAAGAAAUCGAUACCUUUAUGUUUGGGGGUCACCAUACUACAGCGAUCAGUAUAACCUUCGCUUUAUUACUUCUAGCUGAAAACAAAGAUGUCCAGGAACGUGUGAGGAUUGAAGUCGAUACCGUGAUGCGAGAGAACGGAGGAAAACUUAACAUGACAUCGUUGAAAAAUUUGUCAUAUUUAGACAGAUGUGUAAAGGAAAUACUGCGUUUAUAUCCCGUCGCGUCUUUCAUAUUACGAAAUGUUGAAGAAGAUGUAAAAUUAGGUUCAUAUGUCGUACCUGCCGGAACAAUCUUACAUCUUGAUAUCUUCGAAGCUCACAGAGAUCCCAACUUUUGGUCAAAUCCAGAUGUAUUUGAUCCAGAUAGAUUUUUGCCAGAGAGAAUGCAGAAUCGUCAUCAAUAUUCCUAUCUACCGUUCAGCGCAGGACCGAGAAAUUGUAUAGGUCAGCGAUUCGGUCUGCUACAGUUAAAAGCUAUAAUUUCUUCUUUGGUGCACAAUUUUUACUUGGAACCCAUAAAUUAUUUAAAGGAUAUCCAGUUGAGCUUCGAUAUAAUAAUUCAUCCUUCUCAUCCGGUUUACAUAAAAUUUAUCCCAAUCAAACGCAAAUAAUCGUUUAAAACUAAUACAAAUAUCACAUGAAUGUAAGAAAUCAAAAUGUUUUGUACAAUAAAAUGAUUUAAUGUGUGA